AUGUCUGCGACCAAACGAUGCUUUUCCAACCCGGACACACUCUAUGUUCAAGGCUCCCGGUCGGUGCUCAAAAUCUGCAAGAAGACGCGUCAACUUUCUGUGAUAGACAGCCAAACCCAAGACUACAUUGACUGCCAAACCGACCCCCACUCUUACGCCGGUGAUAUCUCGUUGAUCCUCGGGCUGAUAGAAGCCGAAGGAAGCUCUUACUUGAUAUACGUCAAGCAAGCCAGCCAAGUUGCCAAAUUUUAUGAAAAAGAGGAAACAGCCCCGAUUUAUCGGAUAGACCGGAUAGACGCGCUUCCGAUACUUGAUGACGGGCUAGCGAUAAAAUUAGAUUCGUUUGUGCCUUUGCCAGCGAAAGGCGGUUCAUUGGCAGGAAAGGCUGCUCUACAAGCCAAAAAUAACAUUCGACUGGGGCAAAAGCAACUUUUGAAAUUUGUUCGGGAUAAAAUUCCAGGUUCCAUUCCGCAUUUUAUUGACGAAAUCUUGCGCCUAUUCAAUGACGUGCCGGACUUUUAUUUCUGCUAUGAACGUGAUAUCACGCAUACCACACAACGACAUUUCGAAAAAACCAAGACACCCGAUGAACGCUUUUUCUGGAACAGUCAUCUUUUAAAGGAUAUUUUGAGCUCUCCUGGGGAGGCGGCAAAAGACUGGAUAGUCCCCGUGAUGCAGGGCCAUGUACAAAGCAAAGAAAUCAAAAUUGACGACGUCGAGGCAUCGAUACCGUACCUUAGCCUGACAUUAAUUUCUCGGCGAUCCAUUCACCGCGCCGGUGCCCGAUAUCUACGACGUGGUAUCGAUCAAGAUGGGAAUGUUGCGAAUUUCGUAGAAUCGGAGUUGGUGCUCUACAUGUUUGGGCAUCAUGUCUCUUUCGUGCAGAUACGUGGCAGCAUUCCAAUGUUUUGGUCGCAAAAGGGUUAUCACUACCGGCCACCGCUAGUUAUUGGUAAACCCGUCGAAGAAUCCAUGCCUUUCUACGAAAAACAUAUGGAGAACCUCCAGGCACAUUACGGCAAACCGAUAGUGAUGGUGAAUCUGGUGAACCAGACUGGACGCGAGCUGGAGCUCGCAAGGUGUUAUCUGGAGCACGUCUUGCGCCAAAAUUCGGAGGACACCGAGUUUUUCUCUUUUGACUUCCAUCACCAUUGUAGAGGAUUGAACUUUGAAAAGGUCGCACUACUGCUCAGCUCGCUCGAGGAUUCGCUGGGAAAACUGGGAUUUUGUUGGGUGGAUAAGACUGGCGAGGUGGUGCGUCGUCAGAAUGGGACCGUUCGCACAAAUUGCAUCGAUUGUCUGGAUCGAACGAACGUGGUUCAGUGCACGAUCUCGCAGUACGUGUGUUUUGGCCAGGCAAGACGUCUUGGGCUUUUCGGCGUGGCGAACGAACCGCCAGAAGAGUUGAUUCCGGCGCUCCAGCUCUUGUGGGCCGACAAUGGAGACAGCAUCAGUACCCAGUACGCAGGGACUGCAGCUCUGAAGGGCGACAUGACGCGAUUUGGAGAGCGCAAAUUGACCGGGAUGAUGAAGGAUGGGUACAACAGUGCGUCCAGAUACUACCUCUCACACAUGCGCGACGCGAGGCGGCAGGCUGCUAUGAAUUCGCUGUUAGGCAAUAAAGAAGACGAAGGUCGAGGACUCGGAAUCGGACCCGAAGAGGCGGCAAAUGUCGGGCGGCUCGUGACGGAAACGGCAAACUAUUUGCUGCCCGAAAAUGAGGUGCUCGUGGGCGGAUGGGCGCUUGUUGACUACCAGAGCGGCGACGACCAAUGCGACACGAUAUUGAUGCUGACGCGUGCGUCACUAUAUGUUGCCACCUAUGAUGAGGACAGCGAGAAAGUGCUGGACUUGAAAAUCUUGCCGCUGGAUGACAUUUCGAGGGUUGAGCUCGGCUGUGCUGGACGGUCUCCAAGGACUCACAUUCGCAUUGUUUCAGUGGAAGGUGCUUGGAUAUUCAGGGCGGGCCGCACGCGCCUUUUCAAUAAUGUCCCCAUCCGCAUCAAGAGUCCAGAGGAAGCAGAUGAAUAUAUCGAAUCCGUGGCCGAGCAGAUUAGGAUUACGAUCGAAAACGCCCUCGACAUGACGAUUGAAGUCGUCCAUGUUGAUCGCAUCCCAACGGGACAGGAUGGAGCUAAAAAGAAAUUCGCAACGAUGCUGGGCAUGUUUGCACGUCGACAGCAGUCCACGGCCGCCAACGAAACACGCGAAGUGUCCGGUCCACCACGAAGCCGUGGACUCAUUUCGAAAAUAAAGGGUCUUCAAUCCACCACAAAUAGAGAAGCGCAGUCCCCGUUUGCCGAACUCCAGGAACGGAUUGACGCAUGCCGAUCAAAAAUUGUCUUAUUA